CCAUUUUUGUUUCUCCAAAGGUAACUGAUAUACUCUUCCCAGGUGUACUCUCUAGGAGGCUUUCUACACUGAAUUGUCUUCUAAAGUGGUAGUCCGCUAGACUGCUGAAAUUGAGCCAGGUAUCUGCUGUUGGGGUGGGUGGCUGAAGUCAACCUCAAGAUGGCCAAUUCCAAGGAAGAGAAAAAGGCAGAGGUCUUUGCCUUUGCAGCAGAAGUAGAUCAGUUGAUGUCCUUGAUCAUCAACACUUUCUUUUUCAAGAAGGAAACUUUUCUUAGGGAGCUGAUCAAAAAUUCAUCUGAUGCCCUGGAUAAAAUCAGAUAUGAGAGUCUGACAGACCCAAGCAAACUGGAUUCUGGGAAGGACCUGAAGAUCAAUCUGAUUCCUAAUAAGUAUGAUUGUACCCUGACCAUUGUGGAUACCGGCAUAGGGAUGACCAGAGCUGACCUGGUGAACCUGGGUACCAUUGCCAAGUCUGGUGCAAAAGAGUUCAUGGACGCCCUGAAGGCUGGUGCAGAUAUCUCUGUGGUUGAUCAGUUUGGUGUUGGCUUCUACGCUGCCUACUUGGUUGCUGAGAAAGUGACAGUGAUCACCAAACACAAUGAUGAUGAACAGUAUGCUUGGGAGUCUUCGGCUGGUGGAUCAUUCAUUAUCAGGCUGGACCAUGGUGAGCCUCUUGGCCGUGGCACAAAGAUUAUCCUGUAUCUGACAGAAGACCAGACCAAGUACUCGGAGGAAAGGUGGCUCAAGGCAAUAGUCAAGAAGUAUUCUCGGUUCAUUGUCUAUCCGAUAACACUCUUCGUGGAGAGAGAACAUGAAAAGGAAGUUAUUGUUCCAGAGAAAAUGGAAGAACAGAGGGAAAGGAUGGAGGGAGAAGAGAAGGCUGAAGAUAAGCCAGAUACUGCAGAUGCUAGCUUUGAGAAGGAGGAAAAGCAAGUUGGUGACAGAAAAAAGAUCCUGGAGAAGUACAUUGACCAGGAAGUGCUCAACACCAGAGAGCCAAUCUGGACCAAGAACCCAGACGACAUUACUAAUGAGGAAUAUAGAGCACUCUACAGGAGCCUGACCAAUGACUGGGAGGACUACCUGGCCGUAAAACACUUUGCAGUAGAAGGACAGCUGGAAUUCCAAGCACUCCUUUUUAUCCCAAGGCAUGCCCCUCUUAGUCUCCUUCAUGCAGUGAGGCAGAAAAAGCUAAGGAAGAAUAUCAAGCUCUACGUCCGCAGAGUGCUAAUCAUGGAUAACUGUGAGGAGCUCCUGCCUGAAUAUCUGAAUUUUGUGUGGGGUGUGGUGAAUUCUGAAGACUUGCCUUUAUACAUUGCCCGUGACAAGCUACAGCGGAGCCAGGUUCUGCACGAGAUCCGGAAUAACCUGGUCAGGAAAUGUCUGGAACUCUUAGCUGAGCUGGCAGAAAAUAAAGAAAAUUACAUGAAGUUCUACAAGAUCUUCUCUGAAAACAUAAAGCUGUGCAUAUAUGAAGAGCCUCAGAACUUCGAGAAACUGUCAGAGCUGUUGAGGUAUUUCACUUCUGUAUCUGGAGAUGAGAUGGUGUCCCUGAAAGACUACUGCACCCGGAUGAAGGAAAACCAGACUCUGAUAUACUACCUUGCUGGUGAAACCUUAAAGCAGGUAGAGAAUUCCGCUUUGGGGGAGCGCCUCCGCAGACGCGGCUUAGAGAUCAUCUACAUGACCGAACCGGCUGAUGAGUACUGCAUGAAGCAACUGAAGGCCUUUGCGGGGAAACCAUUCUUCUCUAUAGCAAGAGCAGGUUUGACCUUUCCAGAGACCACCAAGGAAAAGGCAGAACGGGAAGAGAAGAAAGCAAAGCUAGAAGACCUCUGCAAAAUCCUAGAAAAGGAGCUGGGAAGGAGAGUCAAUAAAGUUGUGGUCUCGAAUCGACUGGUGACUUCUCCAUGCUGCAUCGUGAGUGGUGGAUUUGGCUGGACUGCCAAUACAGAGAGGAUCAUAAAGGCACAAGUCCUAACAAACGAUGCAGUGAAAUAUAUGCUUUCCGUGAGGCUCCUGGAGAUAAAUCCUGACCACUCAAUCAUUGAAGUACUAAGACGGAAGGCAGCAGUGGACCCGAAUGACAAAGCUGUGAGAUACCUGGCCAUCUUGCUGUAUGAGACUGCUCUCCUGUCGUCUGGCUUCAGGGCAGAAGAUCCCCAGAUACAUGCCAGACAUAUUUACAGCAUCAUCAAAUAUGGUCUGGGCCUUGAUGGGUAUGCUGAAGAAACUAGUCUGUAGUCUUGGAGGCAAUGCCGUCAUUUGAAGAUAAGGCCACAAAUGUGCAAGAAACUGGUGAAAAUGGCUUCUCUUGUCUGGAUAACACAGAACAAAGAAUGGAUCUGAGAAUGAAAAAUGUACUUGACUGUUCUGAUUCUGUUCAUCUGUCCAGUGCAGUCUUCAACAGAAGCCACUGGUUGAAAAUGAGUCUCUGGAAAGCAUACAUCCUAUUGGGCUACUUGAUUUUACGAUAAUAAAGAUAAUCUAAUUAGUAUAAAGCUGGAUGCAUGCUUUUUUGGGCCAGAAAUUCUGGCUAUUGUGACUUUUGCCUUGCAUCUUGCAAAUCCUGUGUUUCUCUUCAGUCCAGACAAGGAACAUGUCUAAGAUGUAAUGCAAAAGACUUGUGUGUUCUGUAUACUUAGGCUUAAGCUCAUGUGUUUAAUAAUCCUGAAUAAAAAAUCAUAUGCGACUGCA